AGAAAUAAAAACAAAAAGUUUCUUAGCCGCGUGGUGGUGCGAGACUCCGGUCCAGAGCGGGGGCGGCCGGCCGGCAGACCGCCAAGAAACCAGACCACCUCCCGUCUCCGUCCUCGGCCACCACCACCGCCACCUGCCCGCGCCCUCCCUCCACCGCUCCUCCUACAAGAACCCCCCUCGCCUGCCUGCGCUGCCAGCCUACGCCGUGCGAGUCAACCUCUCCUCUCCAUCUCUCGUGGUCGUGGGGAUCUCGCGCGCUCCUCCCGGGAUCAGGCGCCGGCGGUGGGAGGGACAAAGACACGGACAUGGAGGCGGUCGCGGCGGCCGGCGGCGCCGGGCUGACCGGGUGGCAGGCGGCGGCGCUGUCGGGCGCAGCGGGCUGGGUGUGGGCGGCCUCCUACUACGACCUCACGCGCCGGGCGCGCGCGCUGGCGCAGCCCUGGGUCACCCGCCGCGUCCACGCCGAGACGCCCUCCAUCCUCACCUUCCAGAGGCUGCAGCACAAGUUGCUGGACAACUUCUUCUCCGUGCUGUCAUGCGUUGUCUCUGUCCCUUUCUACACGGGAUUCCUCCCCCUCCUCUUCUGGAGUGGACAUGGCAAGCUGGCUAGGCAAAUGACCCUGCUGCUGGCCUUCUGCGAUUACCUGGGCAAUGCUGUCAAGGAUUUAGUGUCAGCUCCUCGGCCGUGUUCCCCUCCCGUGAGGAGAGUCACAGCUACCGAAGAUGAGAAGGAAAAUGCCAUGGAAUAUGGACUGCCUUCAUCGCACGCUCUCAACACCGUUUGUUUGAUGGGAUACAUGUUACAUUAUGUCCUCACAUAUGGACCAUGUGAUGGUUUCACGAUUGCCAUGGGUCUUUCUCUAGCUUUCAUGCUCGUUACGUUAAUUGGAAUUGCGAGGGUAUACUUGGGCAUGCACAGCUUGACCGACGUUAUCGCUGGGAUCUCUUUUGGCAUCGUGAUCCUUGCAUUCUGGUUGGUUGUCCAUGAUCAUGUUGAUGCCUUUGUCGUCUCCGGCCAAAAUGUCACAUUCUUCUGGGCAAGCCUUUCUCUAGUGCUCUGCUUUGCAUAUCCAAAGCCAGAAUUCCCAACUCCUAGCUUUGAAUUCCACACAGCAUUCAACGGGGUCGCUUUCGGAAUUGUCUACGGCGUGCAGCAGACGUACACCCGUUUCCAUGGCCCGGAAGCCCCCCUCAUUCUCAGCCAUCAACUACCCCUCCUCGCCUAUGCCGGGAGGGUCCUUGUGGGGAUCCCGACCAUCCUGGCCGUGAAGUCCUGUAGCAAGGCGCUCUCGAAAUGGCUCCUGCCGGUCAUGUGCAGCACCCUGGGGAUCCCGAUCGUCUCGUCCUGCUAUGUGCCCGCGCUGAAGCCAUCCGACAUUGGCGGCGGCUCAGGCAACAAGGACGAGGCCAAGCAGGCCGGCGGAUACCUCCAGCGGCUCUUCUCCCUCUUCCCUCAGAAGGCGUAUGAUGUAGACACCGGCAUCAGGUUCGUGCAGUACGCCGGGCUCGCGUGGUCGGUGGUCGACCUGGUGCCGGUGAUCUUCACGCAUCUGAACCUGUGAGGCCGAUCGAAUUAGCGAGUCAAGGUUAGCAGCAUUUUGUUUAUUUCUUCGGAGGAGGGGUGAUCCCUCCUCCAUGUCUCGCAGGCUGUAGAUCCAUUGACCUCAGCCUCAUUUUUGUGUUGUAUGUUUAUCUGUCUAGCACGUCCUCUAGCGGGUGGUGUUUUUCUUUUUGUACAGUUGUCCAAAGUAGCAACGAGGAAAGUAUACACGUGAUGGCCUUAUUUUUGUUUGUUUGAUGGGAACAGCUACUGACUGCCAUGUGCGCCAUUAGUGCUUAAUAACUGAAUCCUCAGUCUGACAUA